AUGGCGGCACGCCCAACUUCCAUCACUCAUCAGCAGCUAAGGUUGAAGCCCCACCCUGCAGCCGGCACUCUACGCACGGGCGCAAGCAAUCGUCACUCGCCUGCGGCUCAGGAGCAUCUCCAUUUAACACCGCCCAAAGCCCCCAAGAAGACCGAGACGCACACGAUGUUCCAGCCGCUGCGAGGCCAGGCCACUUUCUCGGACAGCACGGACGCCAUCUGCAUCGGCAGCGGCCGCUUCCUGCGCUGCGUGCUCGUGCCGACUCUGCGCGCGGCCGGCAGCUCCGUCGUCAUGGCCCAGACGCGAGGGACGAGCUUCGCGUCGGCCUGCGCCAAGGCCGAGGGCUCGUACGAGGUGGACACCAUCCAGAAGGACGGCAGCGUGCAGACGGAGGUCGUCCAGGUGGACGCCGUGGGGUCCCUGGGCGACGCCGAGGGCCGCAAGGCCUUCAUGCAGCUGCCGGCCAAGCUGCCCAAGCUCAAGUUCAUCGGCUUCGGUGUGACGGAGAGCGGCAUCGUCAAGGGCGGCCCCGCCAUCGUGGACCUGACGGAGCUGCUGUUCUACAGCUUCCAGGCGCGGCCCGACGCCGUCCUCUCGGUCGUCAACACGGACAACCUGCCCAAGAACGGAGACGCCAUCAAGAAGCUGGUGCUGGAGACCCAGUGGCCGGGCCAGCCCGGCGACCUGGCCCCGUUCCACGCCUACGUGGAGACCAAGGUGCACUUCCACAACACCAUGGUGGACCGCCUCACGUCGCACCGAGCGGGCGACGCGCUGGUGCCGCUGACGGAGCCGUGGCCAACCAAGACGCUGAUCAUUGAAGACCUCCACGGAGUGCUGGAUGCCAAGGUGCUGAGCGCGCUGCCCGGCGUGCACAUCCGCACGACUGCGGGCCAGCUGGAGCAGGAUCACCUGCUCAAGCUCAGCAUCGCCAACGCUGUGCACACCGCCAUGGUCUAUCUGUUGGCACUGACGCGCGUCAAGACGACGAGCGAGGUGUUGAAGAUCCCGGAGAUCCGGCAGUUCCUCGACCUGCUGUACGCCAAGGAUAUCGCUCCGUCGCUGGUGGCGCGCGGAGUCAGCAAGGAGGAGGCACAGCACACGUAUGACGAGUGGAUGGCUCGCGUGGAGCACGAGCACUUCGGCCUGGACAACUUCUGGGUCGGCCAGAAUGCUAUGCUCAAGUUUGGCGUCAGGCUCUUCAGCAGUGUCGAGGCCAACGUGAAGAGCGACGCAAUGUACCGUCCUAGUGUGUUCAUGGCGUUCGCUACGGCCGUCAGUCUGCGCUACUUGACGCCGACGCAAGCGGACUCCAGGAAGGAGGACGGUAGUGGGCCCAGCGUUUUCGUGGGUGCGAUGGACUCGAUUCAAGACCGCACGCCCAUUUACUCUGCGACCGAGAAGACGUGGAUCUAUGCGAACGGAUUGAGCGCUAACAUCUCGACGGGCAAGUACGAGUUCCUGGACGGCGAGCACGGCAAAACUGCCAAGCUCCUGUGGCAAACCUGCGAAAACGUUUUCGGUGCCAGCAAGAGCAGCAGCUACGACUUCCCCAAGUCCGAUCGUGCGGAGUCCUCGUCCGAGGUCUCCAGCGGCGUCGGCGUGGCCGUCGCCAGCGUGCUCAGCUCCGUCAAGGGCUUCGACCUCACCAACAACGCCUACGCCUCGUUCGCCGCCGACGUGGCCGCACUGUACCAGCGCCUCGUGUCGGGCAAGCAGACCGCGCUCGAGACUCUCGAGGACGUGCUGCGCAACCACCAGACCAGCGAGUACCUGGCCACCAAGGAGGAGGUGGCGACGUUCGUGCGCGAGGCCGUGGCCAGCGUGCAGAUCAUCGACGUGCACACGCACCUGUUCCCCCCGAGCCACGGCAAGCUCAUGCUGUGGGGCGUGAACGAGCUGCUGACGUAUCACUACCUGGUGGCCGAGUUCCUGCAGACGGCGCCCAUGCAGGUGGAGGAGUUCAACACGUACUCGAAGGAGCAGCAGGCCGGGCUCAUCUGGCAGCACCUGUUCGUGGACCGGUCUCCCGUGUCGGAGGCGUGCCGCGGCGUGCUGACGACGCUGCACUUGCUGGGUCUCGACCACCUCGUGGCCAAGCGCGACCUGCGCGCCAUCCAGGAGUGGUUCAAGCAGCAGGACGCCGAGGAGUACGUGGACACGGUGUUCCGCCUGUCGGGCCUCAAGUACGCCGUGAUGACCAACAUCCCGUUCGAGCCCGAGGAGGCUCGCCACUGGCUGGGCGACCCGGCCUCCAACACGCCGCCGCCCGCGUGGUCGCGCAAGUACUUCCGCUCGGCGCUGCGCGUGGACCAGAUCCUGCUGGGCGACUGGGCGUCCAUCGGCCCCACGCUGGACGUGUUCAAGCUGCCGCACACUCUGGCGGGCGUGCGCGCGCUGCUGGAGAAGUGGAUCGACAUCAUGCAGCCCGAGUACUUCAUGUCGAGCGUGCCCAUUUCGUUCGAGUACCCGGACGAGAACGCGCUUGCGACUAGCGCUGGCGAGCUGCCGAACGGCGCGGAGCUGCUGCUGCAGGUGCUGCUGCCUUUGGCCGAGGAGAAGAAGCUGCCGAUCGCGCUCAAGUUCGACAGCGUGCGGCCGAUCAACGCCCGCCUGGGCGUGGCCGGCGACGGCGUGAAGCCCUGCGACGUGGACAUCCUGAUCAAGCUGUGCCGCAACUUCCCCAAGGUCAAGUUCCUGGCCACGUUCCUGUCGCGCGUGAACCAGCACGAGGUGACGGUGACGGCCAACAAGUUCCGCAACCUGCACCUGUACGGCUGCUGGUGGUACUGCAACAACCCGUCGAUCAUCGAGGAGCUGACGCGCAUGCGCAUCGAGAUCCUGGGCACGGCGUUCACGAGCCAGCACUCGGACGCGCGCGUGCUGGACCAGCUCAUCUACAAGUGGCGCCACUCGCGCGACAUCAUCGGCGAGGUGCUCGUGGACAUGUACGAGAAGCUCUUCGCGACGGGCUGGAAGGUGUCCAAGAGCGACAUCCAGCGCGACGUGCAGCGGUUGUUCGGCCUCAGCUACGAGGAGUUCAUGGCCAAGGAGAUGUGA